UCUCGAAGCGGCCCGAGGGCGCGGCCGCCUGGACCCGCCAAGCGCCCAGCGCGGAGCAGACAUGACCUCACGCAGAUGGUUUCACCCCAACAUGAGCGGAGCUGAGGCCGAGAAGCUGCUCCUGUCCAGGGGCCAGCAUGGGAGCUUCCUGGCAAGACCCAGCAAGAGUUGCCCAGGGGGCUUGACACUGUCUGUCAGGCGCCACGAUGAGGUGACCCACAUCAAGAUCCAAAACACAGGCGACUACUACCAUCUCUACGGAGGGGAGUUCGCAACGCUCGCCGAGCUGGUGCAGCACGACACGGGCCAGCAGGGGGCGCUGCUCCGCGAGCGCAGCGGGGGCCCAGUUGAGCUCCGGCACCCGCAGGGCUGCCAGGACCCCGUAUCCGAGCGGUGGUACCAUGGGCACCUGUCUGGCAAGGAGGCCGAGCAGCUGCUGAUGGAAAAAGGACGUCCGGGUACCUUCCUGGUGCGGGAGAGUCGGAGCAAACCGGGGGACUUGGUUCUGUCUGUGCUCACACAGCAGCCAGACAAGGCUGACCGCCGGCCGCGGGUCACACACGUCAUGGUCCACUUCCAGCCGGAUGGGAAGUAUGACGUGGGAGGUGGGGAGCAGUUCGACACCCUCACAGACCUGGUGGAGCAGUCAGGGAUUGUGGUGCAUCUCAAGCAGCCCCUCAAGGCCACGAGGAUCAAUGCCGCAAGCAUCGAGAGCCGAGUACAGGAGCUCAGCAGGGCCACUGAAGCCAGCGAGAAGGCCAAGCAGGGCUUCUGGGAAGAAUUUGAGAUGCUGCAGCAGCAGGAAUGUCGGCUCCUGUAUCCACGGAAGGAGGGGCAGCGGUUGGAGAACAAGCCCAAGAAUCGCUACAAGAGCAUCCUUCCCUUUGAUACCACCCGUGUCACUCUGCAUGAUGUGGACGACAGUGUGCCUGGUGCCAACUACAUCAACGCCAACUAUAUCAGGAGUGAUCCAGAGGAGAAGCCAGGUCAUGGACUGGGCAAGGUGUACAUCGCCACCCAGGGCUGUCUGCAAACCACAGUAGCUGCCUUCUGGGCGAUGGUGCACCAGGAGAACACGCGGGUCAUUAUCAUGGCCACAAGAGAGGUGGAGCGAGGCCGGAACAAAUGUUUCCGGUACUGGCCAGAGCUACAUGGCAGCCACGAAUAUGGCCGUGUACUUAUUUGCAACUUGGCGGAGUACCAGGCCCAGGGCUACUGUGUGCGGGAACUGCAGGUGUGGCGGCCAGAUCAGGAGGAGCCACCGCGCACAGUGAAGCACUACCAGUACUUCAGCUGGCCAGACCACGGGGUCCCGGCCGAGCCCUCCGGCGUCCUCGGCUUCCUGGAGGAGGUGAACAGGGCCCAGAGCAGCAUGCCAGGGGCCGGACCCAUGGUGGUGCACUGCAGCGCCGGCAUCGGACGCACUGGCACGAUCAUCGUGAUUGACAUCCUGGUGGACCUCCUCCGCCGGCAGGGUCUGGACUGCGACAUCGACGUUCCCAAGACGAUCCAGCUGGUGCGGCGGCCGCGCUCGGGGAUGGUGCAGACCGAGGCGCAGUACAAGUUCGUGUACCUGGCGCUGCAGCGCGCGAGCCGCGGGAGGGGCGCGACUAUCUGGACGUGGGCAUCGGGUCGGCGGACCCCGGCCGCAACGCUGGACCCCUGUCGUCUCGGGCGCCGGCGGCGACCGCGGAGGCCUCCGGCGGCGAGUACGAGAACCUGCGGGGCCUCGCGCGGUGAGGGACCCCGCGCAGUGCGGGGGCUCCGCGUGCGCGCGCCCCGGGUGGGGCCGGAGCCACACUGGAGGCUGGGAGCCCGAAAGGCGGGCCGUGGCGUUCCUCAGGACUGUGUUUAGGACAUACAGGCUGGAGCUUGUCCCUGAGUGCCGGGGGAGGGGUCCCUCCUGACCUGGCCUGGACGCCUAGAAAUGGGGAGGGGCAGUCGGGAGACCCGAGUGUCCCUGCCCCUGCUGGGGCUCCCAGGUGAGGGAGGAGCGGGAAGGCAGGGCCUGAGGGCUGUGGUUUGUCUCUCGGUAUGGGAGGCCACCAGUCAUGGCCCGCACAACACAGUGACCACGUAUGUCAUGAGUGGCCAGUCUGUGCUUGACGCGACUGUAGCCACCAUCAGUGUUUGCCUGCCCUACCCCCAUCCUAGGCACCCACCCCUGCUUUGGAGCUGCCCACAGGGCAGGUGCAUGUGAGAUGCUCCUGCGAACACGUGAGCGACCCCGUGUGCCUGGGUGAGGCUCACGUGUGUGCAUGACUGGUGUGUGACGGGUGUUCCGUCACUGGCAUGUAGUCUGUGCCCCUCCCAUCGCAGAUGGCCCUGUGGCUUUGUGGUACCCUCAAUAAAAUGACUCGUUCUCA